AUGGGGGGCAUUGGAAAAACAACUUUAGAAAAAGAAGUUUACAAUGAUGCAUCUAUUCGAAUUCAUUUUGAUGUUCAUUCUUGGGCUUCUGUAUCUCAACAACACGAUGUCAAGGAAAUUUUGCUGAGCCUUUUGCGUUGUACAAAGGGUGACAAAUUUUACUUGUACACUAAGGGAGAGCUGGAAGAUAUGCUACAAAAGAGUUUAAAGGGUAAGAGAUAUUUAAUUGUAUUGGAUGAGAUGUGGGAUAGUGAAGCAUGGUAUGCUGUGAGAUUAUGUUUUCCAAUUGAAAACAAUGGGAGUCGAAUAUUCCUAACGACCCGUAACAAUGAAGUAGCUUGUUUUGCUGGUACAGGAAGUCUUUCUUUGCAGAUGGAUUUAAUGGGUCCGGAUGAGACUUGGAGUCAUUUUGAAAGUAUUGCAUUUUCCAAUGAAGUACUACCAUCUGAGUUCAAGAUUACUGGGAAGCAAAUUUUUGACAAAUGCCACUGGUUACCACGAACUAUUGACGUGGUUGCUGGGCUUCUCAAAUCUAAAAAGACAAUAGAAUAUUGGGAAAAUAUUGCUAAAGAUGUUAAGUCAAUCACAAAUGAUCCUGAUAAACAAUGUUUGGAUGUGUUGGGAUUGAGUUACAAUCACUUGACCAAAGACAAAGAGAUUUCAGUGAAGAGAUUGGUGAGAUUAUGGAUGGCUGAGGGGUUCCCGAAGUUGGAAAAUGAAUUGGAAGGAGAGGCCGAGAAGUGUUUGCAAGAGCUUGUUGAUAGAUGUCUAGUUCUUGUCAGCAAGAGAAGUCUUGAUGAGCCUAAAAUUAGAUCAUGUAAGGUUCAUGAUCUAAUACAUGACCUGUGCUUGAGAGAAUUUACUCAAAGCCAAGAUGUUUUCGUCUUGAAUGAUAUUCUGCCUUAUGAUAUGUGCUCAGAUGAAGCUCAAAGCUCAAAUCCUGUUCCUCUAGAAUAUUGUCGUCUUGGUAGGCAUGGAAUUUGGCUAUUUAAACAAUGGACUGGUUAUUGGCCGGGUCAUUAUAGGGUCCUUCUUAACCCGGAAUAUCAUCAUCAUUUGAUAAGGGGACAGACAACUGAUGAUGACAACAAUCUCUUGAAACGAACUCGUUCCAUUUUCUCAAGAUUACUAUACCUCAUUUGGUUGAGGCACCUUUCAAUGUCUGGGUACUUUCGUGUACAUCCAACUAUUCGUAAUUUAUGCAAUCUACAAACAUUCAUAGCUAAAUGGCAAUGCACACCAACUUUUCCACAACAAAUUUGGGGACUACUAGAAUUAAGGCAUCUCGAAACGGACUCUAUUGAUUUUCCAAAUCCCCCAAGUUUACUUGUCAAGGAAGAGAGGUUCUUCGUUUUUUCGAACAUACAUACUAUUUCUGGAAUAUAUCCACGUUGUUGCAUAGAAGAGGUUAUGUCAGGGAUUACGAAUGUUAAAAAGUUAGGACUAUGUGGAAAUGAAGAGGAUUAUGUAUGUUUUCAAGAAUCUAGAUUUUUCAACAAUUUCUUCCAUCUUCAUCAACUUGAAACAUUAAGUUUUCAAGUCAAUCGAUAUUUGAACCUGGACAAUGUAUUGACCAUUCCAAGUUCAAAAGCCUUUCCAGCGACAAUCAAGAAGUUAAAGUUGAUCAAUACUGGUCUAAGUUGGGAGGACUUGAACAUCAUAGGUGAAUUGCCUAACCUCGAGAUGCUGAAGCUGAAAAAUGGUGCUUUUCUUGGUGAUGAAUGGCAUCCAAUUGAAGGGGAAUUUGCUCGGUUGAAAGUUUUGCAACUUUACCGGAAUGAACCCAAGUACUGGAAAGCCACAAAUGACACUUCCCUAUCCUUGAGCGACUUAUUAUUACAUCUUGCUCUGAAUUGGAUGAGUUACCCGUUGAGUUUGCAGAAAUCAACUCACUAUAACUAA